AUGUACCCCAUCGUUGUCCUCGCUCUCCUUCCCUUCCUCUCCUCCGCCAUCCCCGUUUCCCCCCUCCAGUCCAACUCAAGCACUCCCUUCGUCCUCCGCGCCCUGAGGCUCGGUUUCCCAAUCCACCUGUCCACUUUGAACGCCAACGACGGCCAGUUCUGGCUCGGCAAAGCAACCUCCUCAUCCUGUCCCGCAGAACCGAAAACGGACUGCCCAACAGAGACCGAGACAGCCGUGGUGGACACCCACGUCCCCUUCGGCCAAUCCAUCUACGUCGCCAAAGACGGCACCCUCUCCUUCACCGCCGCCCACGAAGAAGAAAAAGUCGUCGCCGCCUCGACCGCCUACCCGGCCGGCUUCGCCUACGACCGCGACGCCCGAUCCUUCACCUUCGCGGGGACGCCGUCGAAGGGCUGGCUCGCCUGUCCGGUCGCGGCGGAGAGCGGGGACGGCGACGGGGAGGGGCCGUGGUUGGUGUAUGCGGAUCUUAAGCGGGGGGGGAAGACGGGGUGUUUGGCGUUUGAGGCCGGGGGGGUGGAGUAUGGGGGGGUGGCGGUUUGGGAGUAUGAUUGA